AUGUCUUCGUCGCUUUCAUUGUUAUCGGUUGGAAAUCUUUUGGUUGGUUUAAUAAUAAAGAGAGUCAUCGCAUCACAUCGCACACCAGAAUGUGCUUGUUCAAAGAUGAUGUCACAAAUCAGCAAGUGUGGUGAAGUUUGCCAUGAGAAAUGUUGCAAGCCAAUGGCACUGAAGUUAAUCAACACUUCAUCUCACAACAUUUAA